AUGAAACUCAUCUUGGAUGAAGUAGCUUCUGCAAUGAUUCAGCGAUACCAAAUAAAUUUCACAAGGCAAGAUGUUGCUUCACUAUGGUUUCUAUGCAAGCAGUAUGUUUCAGUUCUUUUGGAUUCUCAAGUUGUUGUUUAUUAUAUUAAGCCUGGAAAUCUUACAGUUAAUGAUUGCAGUGAGGAUGCUAUAGGUUCUUGUGUUGGCGGAGUAGAAAGGGGGGACUUCAAAUGCAAUGAUUUAGAACAAGAAGAGGAUAUCGAGGACGGAAGUAAGAAGCCAAAGAUGAUUUACUUGUCAGCUAAUGCCAAUUUGAAUGACCAGGUUUCAGUUAGUGAUCCGGAAUUUAGAGCGACCCUUUCUGAAACAACAGAAAUGAUCAACUUAUUGUUAAUGCUUAUAAAUGAUGAUCACAGUGAUGAGCUAAUGCUACUUCGAUCAAAUCCAUAUGCCCCUGUGUCUGCCUAUAUCAACAAUAUUUACACAAUGAAGGGAAUUACUGAAAGUGCUGUCAAUGAUAUAGAAGAUCACAUUAGAAAAGGCUUGGAGAUUUAUAACGAGAAGGUCGGUGAUUUGUUCAAUCCAGGUUCUGCCAACCUUAUACUUCAGGACCAUCCGAAGAAAGGGACAAGUGUUCGAGAUCUAGUUGAAAGAGUAGCGAAGGAUUGCAAUGAGUUGAGGAGUUUAAUAGGUCAAUGCGAAGCUCAUAGGAAAGUCGGAGAAACUGCGCUAAAUUGCCAGAGCUCAAGGUCGCAUCAGAUUGUAAAGCUGACCAUAGAGAGUCGAAGCCGUGAGAAUUCCACCCAUGCAGAGUCAUUCGUAGCAAGUCUGAAUCUUGUGGACCUCGCAGGAAGUGAGUUUGCAGAACAAGCAGAAACACGCCGUGUAAGACAGUUAAAGUCAGCGAUAAGAGCACUCAGUGUUGGAGAUCGUGUAAAAUACCGAGAUUCAAAUCUUACACGAUUGUUGAAACCUUCUCUCGGGGGGAAUUCACGAUCUGCUAUUAUAUGUACCAUAAGUCCUGCCUCGAGUCAUUUGGAACAAUCACGAAGCACACUCUCAUUCGGGAGUAAUGCAAAGAAAGUGAAAAACACUGCUGAAGUGAAUGUGCUGACAACAGGGCUUGAAUUAGAAAGAGCGAAGAAGAAAAAGAGAACUAGAAGGGCGUCUUUUGAACCUAUUAUUAGAAGUCCUGCAGUCUCCCCUGAAAAUGAAUCAGAUUCUGAGGAGGAUAUCUGGUUGGAAAGAAAGAGAAGCGUACUGGCAAGGAAUAGACAGUUCAAGAAGAAGAAGAGGAAGUGCAAAUGCAAUUGCUUUGCUAGUUCUAGAUGUAUGAACAAGAGGUGCUCAUGUUUUAUGGGAAAUGAUUCCUGUAGCACUGAAUGUGUUAUAGAUUGUGCAAACUAUUCUGAUGGUGAUUAGAAUACCUUUAUGUGGCAUAUAGAGAGUAUGUGGCUGGUAUUUUUUCUUUGUGGAUGCGUUAAAGGGUAAGACCAUAGACAGUUCUCAGAUUGCGUGUGGAAACUUGUAAACGGGUAUAUGACUAUCUCAACAUUUCUAUACGAAUGAAAUCAGGCUUAUCAAUGAAAUAUUUCUUUAUGGGUUGAGAUUAGAACA